AUAGCCGUCUACCCUUUCGGCAUCCGCUCUCUAACCCCCUUUUGAGCCCGCCCAUCCAUUCCUUCAACUUGGUUCAUCAUCAAAACAGCCGCAACCAUGCCCUGGAUCACCACCUCGUCGUCGUCCUCGCCGGAGCAGCAGCCGCUGCACUCGCCGCGCGGCCACCACCCGGCCUCGUCGCCGUCGCCGCCCGUGACCUACAUCCCGCCCCUGAUCGACGGCGCGUGCGGCACGGUCCCGCACGCCCAGCGCCCUCCCGCCCGCGCCCUCGAGGCCGACGCCCGCGCCCUGCUCUGGCUGCUGCCGGACCUGGCCCUCACGGCCUGGGACGCCGUCGUCAACGGCGGCGACGGCUACCCCCAGGCCCUCUCCGCCAGGGCCGCCCCCGCCCCGCCGGCCACGUCGCUCUCCGGCAGCGGCGGCAAGCUCAAGGGCUUCGCGGCCCGGGCGGCGACCAUGGCCGCCAUGGCGGUCGGGUCGCGCUGGCCGGCCGCGGCGCAGGUGCCGUGGCGGUACGCGGCCGACGUGGGCCUGCAGCUGGCCGUGGGCGUGGUGGAGCUGUACAUCAUCAUGCUGGCCCUGCCCAUCUGGCUCUUCCUCCCCGGCUUCGUCUUCUCCGUCUGGAGCCUCUGCUCCGCCGCCGCCGUCUGGUGCCUGUGCCGCCUGCUCAACUCGUCGGGCCCCGUCGUGCGCCACCCGGGCCCGGCGGCCGACGGCGGCGGUGGCGGUAGCUGGAUGAUGGGGCCCGACGGCGAGGACGAGCGCUGGUUCUUUGUUGGGGGCAUGGGUGUGAGCUCCCGCACCAUCACGGGCUCGACCCUCCCCCGCCUGGCCAAGCUCUUCAACCGGCCCAUCACGGCCAUCGUAGAGCCGACGUACGGCCUGGCCGUAGACCUGGCCCUUCUCCUGGCCGAGCGGGCCGGCGUGCCGCUGCCCCUCGGGCUCGGGCUCGGCGGCGGCGGCGGCGGCGGUGGCGACACGCAGCGCCUCCUGUACGCGCAGGCGCGCGCGGCGCUGCAGGACCCCUCAGCCAAGCGCGUCGUCAUCCUAGCCCACAACCGCGGCAGCCUGGCGGCGUCGCGCGUCCUCAGCCGCCUAUGCGCCGACCUGCCGCACGCCCGCCUGUCGCGCCUCGAGGUCUACACCUUCGGCGCCGCCGCCGACGAGUUUGUCGUGCCGCUCGGUGGCGGGCGCGACGGCGGCUCCACCUCUCCUGCUGCUGCCACCAACAACAACGGUACAAACGGCACAAACGGCAGCGUGCUGCCGCAGUCGGCCGCAGAGUUCAUGGCGCGCCGCGGCGGGCCGCACAUCGAGCACUUUGCGCACGCGCGGGACCCGUUUGCGCGCCUGGGCGUGCUGCGCAGCGUGCGCGAGGACCUGUCGGGCCGCUUCUGCGGCGGCGUCUUCGUCAUCAACGCACCCGGCGUCAGCCCCAUGACGGCCGCCGUUGCGGCCCGCAUGGGCAUCAACGGCAGCGGCGGUCGUAACGGCGCUGCUGCUGCCGCCGCCGCCGCCGCCACGACCAACGGCAGCAGCGCCAGCGCCAGCCGCCUCUACAACCAGUACCAGUACCAGGGUCCCCACCAGCCACCCAACGGCGCCAUGAUGAGCCCAGGAGGGAGCAGCAACAGCAACAGCAGCAGCUACGGCGGGGAGGACCGGUCCCCGCUGCUGGGCGGGCUGCUGCCGGCGGCGCCGCCCGUGGUCAGCCUCGACGACUACCUGGCCGCCAUGUUCCCGGAGCAGGUGCCGACGCUGGCCAACUGCGGGCGCGCCAGCGUCAUGGAGAGCACCGUGGUCGUGGACCGCGACGUGGCCGAGCGCCGCGAGCAGGGCGCCAUCGCCUCCGACGCCCUGGCCAACAAGCACGCCGAAAGCGUGGCCGCUGUCGGCAGGCGGAGCGGCGGCGGCGGCGGCGGCGGUGCGGCCAGGAACGGAGGAGUGUCCGGCCUGGGACUACACGCCGCCGCCGCCAUCGUCAAGGGCGGCGGCGGCGGCGGCCCGUCCGACAUGUCGGUCGGCAACUCGUCCUCGGCGGCGGCGGCUGCUGCGGUGGCGGUCAAUGGCGGCGGCGGCAACAGCAGCAGUAGUAGCAGCAGCAGCCACGGCAGUGGGGGUGGCAGUAAGCGCCUCAGCUGGACGGGUCUGGGGGCCAAGGUGGCGGGCGGCAGCGAGGACGGCCUGUUCGGGCUCAAGAUGGCGCGCAAGAUGUGCGAGGAGUGCAAGGGCCACCGCGGCCGCGAGCUCAGCCGCCUGUGUCACUACGUCAGCUCCGGGGCCGUCAUGAGCGUCGGCGGCGGGUACGGAAUGGAGGAUGUGCGGGAGGAGGACGUCAUUUCGAGCAGGGUGGGUUCGUGAAACGGCUGUAGAGUGCCCGUGGUGUGGGGGUUUGCAAGGCUCGCCUGAUGAUACGUUGUUUCCGUGGUCAUUCCCUCGUUUCUGUAUUUUGUUUUCCUCAAGUAAUAUCUAGUUGUCAAUGCCUGUCCAGCGCCACCUUACUGGUAGCAUUGGAGAAACAAGUCAUCUUGAUCCCCGCCGCUGACUGUUGUGACCAUGCUUCCUU